AUGGAGGUCGCUCGAUCUACGCCGCCCCCGCGUGCGCGCUCUGAGCGCUACUGGAAGUAUAGUCACUACCCCGUGGGUCUUUCCCGUCUCAUACAAGAGCGUGAGGUGCGUGGAAACGCUCGUGUCAUCGACGCCGCCUGUCAGGGCCAUGGCAGCUUAGUUCGUCGGCUCCAGUGCGAGGCCGUACUCGACGGUCACGGGGGUUGCGUCAACACGCUUCAGUGGAACGAAACUGGAAAGCUGCUGGCGUCCGGAUCGGACGAUCAUAACGUGAUCAUAUGGAGCUACGACCAACACAAGAAGCAGCAGGUGAUCGAGUCCGGCCACACGCUCAAUAUCUUCGCUGUAUGCUUCGUCCCAGGCACAGACGAUCACGUUCUAGCCUCUGGAGCUAUGGACAACGACGUCCGCAUCCACUACGCCCCAUUCCGUAAAGACUCGUCCAAACUUUUCCGUGUUCAUCGAGAUCGAGUCAAAGAUAUUGGCAGCUCGUGGGCAGUGCCCAAAGUAUUCUGGACCGUAGCUGAGGACGGACUGGUGUAUCAAUUCGAUCUACGCGCUCUACCCCGAACCAGUGGGCGAUGUGAGUCCCCCGACACGUCUGGCGUUCUUAUCAAUUUAGGCAGGGACAGGAACGGCCGAGUGUUGAGAGGAAUGGGCAUGACGGCGCACCCGUUGGACCCGACGAAAAUUGUCUUUGCUUGUGGGGAUUUCUACACGAGAAUGUACGACCGACGCAUGCUGAGAGUGCAGCAGCACAUCUCGUCGGCCAGAAGCGCAGGAGCGACGAGCCCCGUGGAGGUUUUCGCUCCUCCCCAUCUGCACUUGGAUGCGUAUUGUGAUAGUAAAGCGCAGAGAUUCCACGAUAAAAGUCACGGAACGAGCAUCCGAUUCAGCAGUGACGGGUCUGAGAUCCUCGCGAAUUACCACAAUGACCACAUUUACCUGUUCAGAGUGGGGUCGAACGAGACGGUGGUGUUCAAUAGGGACAACAAGACCGAGCCUCAGAUCCAACCGCUAGCGUGGCUCAAUGGUGCGCACAUGGAUGAACCGAGUCUGCCGUUGGACUUGCAUAUGGAGGGAGUGGGGAUCUUGCAUGAACAAGGCCAAGAUGCACUUGGCAGGAGUGAGUACACGCGAGCACUCAAGUCGCUGACUCUGGCGUGUGGUGCUCGUGGAGUAGCAGAACUGACUAUGACGCAACGCAAAGAACUGCAUCACGACUGUGCCAAGGCCUAUCUGGGACGAUCGUGGAACGCAGAUAGCUAUCUGGCCGCGGUGCAGUGCAAGAAGGCGCUGGAGCUCGAUCCAAAUGAUCGCGAGGUUGAGUUGACGUAUAUUAAGGCGCUGGGUGCAGGGAAACGGCAACGACAAGCCAAGUGGCAGGCUCGACGAUACAAGGAGAAGUACCCUGAUCACGAAAUAGACGUGACCUCGUUCCUGAACGAGACAGCGUCGACCGACCGAGGUGAUCGUACAGUAGAUCGUUCCUUGCGUUUGUAUCGAUCCUCGGAUGAGGAUGAUUCGAGUGACAGCGAGGAGGAAGUUCCUCAUAGCAACCAGGACAACAACGCUGGAGAGGAGUUACCUGACGACGAUGACGGCUUCUGGGAGGGCGAUUUAGUGAACAGCACACCGGUGAACUGUGACGUCCUCCGACGCUACAUUGGCUAUUGCAAUGUGCAAACGGACAUUAAAGAGGCCGCCUUCUUCGGUAAGAACGACGCCUACAUCAUAGCUGGAAGCGAUGAUGGGCGUGCGUUGGUCUGGGAUAAAGCUACUGGAGAACUGGUGAACGCUAUUGAAGCGGACGCAGAUAUUGUGAAUUGUGUGCAACCUCAUCCAUUUGAUGCUUGUUUGGCAACGAGUGGGAUCGAGAAUGUGAUUCGGCUAUGGAGUCCCACGAGUGGCGAGGAGAACACGCCGACGGACGCUGAACUUGAGGAAAUCGUAUUGAAAAACCAAAGCCAAAUGGAUGAUAUCGCCAUUUCAUUCGAGGGUGCGAUGCACAACAUGGUUCGUCUCGUCUUCCAGGCGGGCGGUGACCACCAGGCGAUCCAAGAGUGCGCCACCAGUUAACUUUACGAUUAUUACUCGAAUGCGUGGAACUGAAGCACUUUGUUUUUUUCUGCGGUGGUGGCGCUUGCAUUAAUGACAAAGUGCGCCAAGCGUCACUGCUCCAAGGGAUUGGCAGCUAACGUGUUCAUCUUUCUGUAGGUUUUGAGAGGAUUGGUACCGCUUCAAGUAAAUAAUCAUCUGUUCAAGCGCUGCUGAGUAUCUCUACCAUU